GUUUGAACGAAAAAUAUGAUUCAGUCUACUUAAAGAUUAGACAUCUAAAAUAAAUAUGUAAGUUAAGUAUAUAUAAUGCCAGAUAAUUUGCUCAAAUAAUAUUACCUGAUUCAGUACUUUAUUGAUUGUGCAAAAAAACAUAUCGAGAUAUUCCAAAAAAUGAUGAAAAUCAUAUUUUAUUUGCUUUGUGGAUGUUUACUGGCCAGUGCAAUUUUGAGUGACGAAGAGGAAUGGAAAAAAUUUAAAGAUGCAAAUCGCAAAAUAUAUAAAACCAACAAUGAGGAAUCCCACCGCUACCAAAUUUUUAAAGAUAAUCUCCACAAAAUCAGGGAGCAUAACGAAAUGUACGAAAAAGGCGAAAGCUCUUUCAAAAUGGGGUUGAACAAGUUUUCAGAUUUGACUGAUGAGGAAUUUAAGGCCAUUUAUGGACGAGGAACUUUGCCACGAGACAAGACGAAGCCUAUUUAUGAAUAAAAUACUUAUAUUUAUACUCAAAUACUAACUAAUCAUAAAUGUAUAACGUUAUUGUGUGAAAUUAGAGGUGAUAAAUACAUAGCCAUUCCAACUAAGUAACUAUAAGCCAGAUUUUGUGCUUCAUAUAUCAUCAUCAUCAUCAUCAUAAGCAGCGCAGUCGCGUUCACUUGUGCAAUGUGUUGCCAUCCUCUCUCUGCCCUCCGGUAAAUGUCAUCCAUCCACCUCUUUUGGGGUCUCCCUUUACCGCGUUUUUGUGUUCUUGGUUUCCACUGCAUGACUCUUUUUGCCCAUCUGUUGUUCGUUUGCCUCGCCACGUAGCCUGUCCAUCUCCACAAACUGUGUCUCCACUUUGCUUCUGCCAUGCACUGGAUCACAUCGUUCACACCCGUGCGUCGACGUAUGUCGUACCUACGUUUUGUUAUGUCCAUUAUCAAAAUAAAAUUAUAGGUGCUGAGAAUUGUUAUCUGUCUAUUGAGCUUAACUCCCUAAUUAAAAUAAUUAGAUUUUUCAACAAUGCACAAAUGUCCCAACUCCCUAUAAAGCUCAGAACAACAGGAAUAGUCGUUGAACGUUGAACUGAAAAUAGAGCAAAGUAGGUAGGUACUACAAAUUGCAAGUUUCCAAACAUAAGCAGGUGAUAUGUUAAAAUAUAUGUUGAAACAAAAUUAAAAUUUCACCCCAAAAUAUAAUUAUAAUACCUAAUAUAACAAAAAAAAAAAACAAAACAAUUAAUUUAUAUGCAUAGAAAUCAAAUCAAAAUAUGCUUUAUUGCCGAAAAACAGUUAUAUUCAUAUAAAAAUACUAAAAACUAGGCUAG